CUAGCCGUGUCGCCGCUUCGCCUGUGCCGCGCACAUCUGGGACCCAAGCCGGGCUGCGCGGGACUGUGUGCGCAGCUGCAUCUCUGCAAGUUCAUGAUCUACGGCGCCUGCAAGUUCCUGCGGACCGGGAAGAAUUGUAGGAACAGUCACAGCUUGACGACUGAUCACAACCUGAGUGUGCUGAGAACUCAUGGUGUUGACCACCUCACCUAUAGUGAGCUGUGCCAGCUCUUGUUUCAGAAUGACCCCAUGCUUUUGCCAGAAGUCUGCUUACAUUACAACAAAGGAGAUGGGCCGUUUGGUGGUUGUUCCUUUCAGAAGCAGUGCAUCAAACUCCACAUCUGCCAGUACUACUUACAGGGGGAGUGUAAGUUUGGUACCGGCUGUAAGAGAUGCCAUGAUUUCUCCAACUCUGAGAAUCUGGAGAAGUUGGGGAAGUUGGGCAUGAGCUCAGAGCUGAUAAGCAGGCUGCCUUCCAUCUAUAGAAAUGCACACGACAUCAAGAAUAAGAGCUCUACCCCCACCAAAGUGCCCCCUUCUCCUGCAGACCCUCAGGGGAUCUCUGAAAGAAGAGACAGUUUGGGCUCUGUGUCCCCAAACACUCCCAGCCAGGAGGAGAUUGACCAGAUCUGCUUGUACCAUAUCCGGAAAAGUUGCAGCUUUCAAGAUAAAUGCCACAGAGUUCAUUUCCAUUUGCCUUAUCGAUGGCAGUUCCUGGAUGGAAGCAAAUGGAAGGAUUUGGACAAAAUGGAGCUUAUUGAGGAGGCCUACAGCAAUCCAGGAAGAGACAGGAUUGUGUGUGCUGGACCUGGUUGUGGUCUAGCUGAUGUUCUGAACUUUAACUCCAUGAAGUUUGGCACUGCCCAGGCUCGCCGCCUCUCCACAGCCUCCUCGGUCACCAGACCACCCCACUUCAUCCUCACAACUGUCUGGGUUUGGUACUGGAACGACGAGUUUGGUUCUUGGCAGGAAUUUGGGAAACAAGGCACAGUGCACCCUGUGACCACCAUCAGCAGCAGCGAUGUGGAAAAGGCCUACCUGUCUUUCAUCACCCCAGGUGCUGACACCCAGGCAGCCAUCCUGAAGUUCCAGGCUGGAAAGCACAACUACACAUUAGACUUCAAAGCCUUCGUUCAGAAAAACCUCGUCUAUGGCACUGUCAGAAAGGUUUGCCGCAGACCCAAAUACGUGUCUCCCCAGGAUGUGCAGACGAAGCAGGCCUGCAGUGUCAAGUUUCAAGGCCCAAAGAGCAUCCCAGACUAUUGGGACCCCUCUGCCCUGCCGGACCCAGGCUUUACGAAAAUCACUCUCAAUUCUUCCUCGGAAGAGUAUCAGAAAAUCUGGAGCCUCUUCAACCGUACACUGCCUUACUGCUUUGUUCAGAAGAUAGAACGAGUUCAGAACCUGGCCCUGUGGGAAGUCUACCAGUGGCAAAAGGGGCAGAUGCAGAAGCAAAACGAGGGGAAGGAGGUAGACGAGCGGCAGCUGUUCCAUGGCACUGCCUCCACCUUCGUUGACGCCAUCUGCCAGCAGAACUUUGACUGGCGCAUCUGUGGUCUUCAUGGCACCUCCUAUGGCAAAGGGAGCUACUUCGCCCGUGAUGCUGCAUAUUCCCACCACUACAGCAAGUCCGACACCCACCUCCAGAUGAUGUUCCUGGCCCGGGUGCUAGUGGGUGACUUCGUCAGGGGUAACCCAUCGUUGGUCCGCCCCCCUGCCAAGGAAGGGCAGAGCAAUGCCUUCUACGACAGCUGUGUGAACAGUGUGUCCGACCCAAGCAUCUUCGUGGUCUUCGAGAAGCACCAGGCCUACCCUGAGUACCUCAUCCAGUACUCCACCUCCCCCAAGCCACUGGGUGCAUCUUCCACCGCCACUGUCACCGGGAGCUCUGUGCUGGUGGCGGCACUGGGUUCCCUCUUUAGUGGCCGGCGCUGAGCACAGCAGGAGCAGGAAGUGGUGUGGGAUGAUUUAUUUUUAACAAAACUUUUAAUGAACUGCUUCAUGCUGGCUUCUCAGUGAAAUUACGUUCUUAAUCCUUUGUCAGUAACAUUUUCUGCUUUUAGGUAACUUUGGGGCUCAUGUGUGAACUCAUUGUACUGAUGGUAGGUGAGCCUGGCUUGCUUUUAAAUAUGUUAAUGCUGUACUUUUCACUGUUACCUUUGCUGCUUGUCACACCAGGCAGAGUUUUGAGAGGUUGUUUUAUGGAUUCUUCAUUUUAAUGGUUAAGAGUCUCUGUGUCUGCAGUGACUCCAUGUUCAGGGCCUCGUGCCCUUUGUUUAGCGUGGCACAGUGGCUGUGCGGCGAGGCGAGUCCAGCUCUGCGGCUGCUGUGGGCUCUGGCAUUGGCUGACUUAUGUCGCAUUGUCAGAGCAGGGGGCUGCCGUAUGGUACCAUCAAGUCCUUGCUGGUUUUCCCUAAUGCUGGGGGUUGAGGUGGCCAGCAGUCCUGUAGAGGAAGCCGGGCCACCCUGGCAGGAGAUGUGGGUGAGUUCCCUGGGAACCCAGACUUGUGUCCCUGAGCACACCGGACACCUCCGUGUCCUCCUGAGAUUUUGAGUUCCUGUGCUGCGAAUGUCACAUGUGAGUAGGAAAUAAAAAUAUUUAUCCAUAGUGGGCACGACUACA